GUUCUUGUGCCUUUGGUGUUAAAUAGAGGUGGAGAAAAAGCCAGCGCUCUCAUUUGCAAGAGCUGAGUGCCAGGAUAAGAGAUCCUGAUAUUUUGGAGAUUUACUGGAUUUUUGGAGAAAUUAUACAGGAUCAAAGGUUCAGGAGUGUGCAGUGAGGACGUGUGUGUUUUUAGUUAUGACGAACCCUUAUGCACACACUAUUGAGCCUCUGGACCCCCAGAAGCCCGACCACAAGUUCUUCAACCUUAAAAAGCUCGGAGACCCCAGAUAUGACCAGCUUCCCUUCUCCAUCCGUGUGCUGCUGGAGUCUGCGGUGAGGAACUGUGAUGGGUUCCUGGUGAAGAAGGACGAUGUGGAGAAAAUCCUCAACUGGAAAGUGACGCAGAGUCAGACCGUGGAGGUGCCUUUCAGACCGGCUCGCGUCAUCUUGCAAGACUUCACGGGAGUUCCUGCAGUGGUUGACUUUGCAGCCAUGCGUGAUGCAGUGAAGAAACUACAAGGCGACCCUGAGAAGAUCAAUCCAGUCUGUCCGGCAGACCUUGUCAUAGAUCAUUCCAUUCAGGUUGACUUCAACAGGAAGUCUGACAGUCUUCAGAAAAACCAAGACCUUGAAUUCGAAAGGAACAGGGAGCGAUUUGAGUUUUUAAAGUGGGGUUCUAAAGCAUUCCGGAACAUGCGGAUCAUUCCUCCGGGAUCAGGAAUUGUCCAUCAGGUCAAUCUGGAAUACCUGGCCAGGGUCGUGUUUGAGCAGGACGGUUACUAUUACCCAGACAGUCUGGUGGGAACCGACUCCCACACUACCAUGAUUGAUGGGUUGGGAGUGCUGGGCUGGGGUGUUGGAGGUAUUGAGGCAGAAGCGGUCAUGUUGGGUCAGCCGAUCAGCAUGGUGCUGCCAGAGGUCAUUGGCUACAAACUACAGGGGACACCCGACAAAUAUAUCACCUCCACUGACAUCGUGCUUACUGUCACCAAGCAUUUGCGGCAAGUUGGUGUUGUUGGAAAAUUUGUGGAGUUUUUUGGCCCUGGUGUUGCCCAGCUGUCUAUCGCUGACCGCGCCACCAUCGCCAACAUGUGCCCUGAGUAUGGAGCCACCGCUGCCUUCUUCCCUGUAGACCAGAUCAGCAUUCAGUAUCUGAAACAGACGGGGAGGGACACAGAGAAGCUGAGUUACAUAGAAAAGUAUCUGAAAGCAGUGGGUAUGUUCAGAGACUACAGCAACACCGCUCAAGAUCCACAGUUCACUCAGGUUGUUGAGUUGGACCUCAGUACGGUCGUCCCCUGCUGCAGUGGUCCCAAGCGGCCGCAGGACAGAGUGUCUGUAUCAGAGAUGAAGCAGGACUUUGAAACGUGUUUAGGGGCCAAGCAAGGCUUUAAAGGAUUCCAGGUGGCUCCUGAGCGUCAUAAUGUUCAAGUGUCAUUCGAGUAUAACGGAGCAGAUUAUUCACUCUCUCACGGAUCCGUAGUCAUCGCAGCUAUUACCAGCUGUACCAACACCAGUAACCCCUCAGUCAUGCUGGGAGCAGGUCUCUUGGCACAGAAAGCUGUAAAGGCUGGUCUCAGCGUGAAACCAUACAUAAAGACCAGUCUGUCUCCAGGCAGUGGUGUGGUCACAUACUACCUUAAAGAGAGCGGUGUCAUGGAUUUUCUCUCACAAUUAGGUUUUGAGGUUGUUGGUUACGGCUGCAUGACCUGCAUUGGAAACAGUGGACCCCUUCCAGAGCAGGUUGUAGAGGCAAUAACUCAGGGUGAUUUGGUUGCUGCGGGUGUCCUGUCUGGAAACAGAAACUUUGAGGGUCGUGUCCAUCCCAACACGCGCGCCAAUUACCUGGCCUCUCCUCCUCUGGUCAUUGCCUAUGCUAUAGCCGGCACAGUGAGAAUAGAUUUUGAAAAAGAGCCUUUAGCUGUGAAUGCUCAGGGUAAAGAGGUUUUCCUGAGGGACAUCUGGCCCACACGGGAGGAAAUUCAGGCGGUGGAGAGACAGUUUGUCAUUCCUGCCAUGUUUAAGGAGGUCUAUGAGAAAGUUGAGAAAGUUAAUGAACGCUGGAACUCCCUGAAAGCUCCUUCUGACAAGCUGUAUACCUGGAAUACCAAUUCUACUUACAUAAAAUCCCCACCUUUCUUUGAUGGACUGACCCGGGAGCUGCAGACACCAAAGUCCAUAACAGACGCGUAUGUACUGCUCAAUUUGGGAGAUUCUGUCACCACGGACCACAUCUCGCCCGCUGGAAACAUUGCUCGUAACAGUUCUGCUGCACGCUACCUAACUAGCCGCGGACUCACCCCGAGAGAGUUUAACUCGUAUGGCUCUCGUCGAGGGAAUGAUGCAGUCAUGGCUCGAGGCACGUUUGCCAACAUCCGCCUUUUUAACAAGUUUAUAAACAAGCAAGCACCAUCUACCAUCUACCUUCCUACUGGGGAGACGAUGGAUGUGUUUGAUGCUGCAGAGAAAUAUCAGCAGGCUGCUCAUCCUCUCUUGAUUCUGGCUGGCAAAGAGUAUGGAUCAGGAAGCUCUAGAGAUUGGGCGGCUAAAGGGCCCUUCCUGCUGGGCAUCAAAGCUGUACUGGCAGAGAGUUACGAGCGUAUUCAUCGCAGUAAUCUGGUUGGGAUGGGCAUCAUCCCUCUGGAGUAUCUGCCGGGUGACAACGCUGAAAGCCUCGGGCUUACUGGCCGCGAGCGAUACACUGUGAUCAUUCCCCCACAGCUCACGCCCAGAAUGACUGUGGACAUCAAGUUGGACACAGGCAAAACAUUUCAGGCUAAGAUGAGGUUUGACACAGACGUGGAGCUCACUUACUUCCACCAUGGCGGCAUCCUCAACUACAUGAUCCGCAAGAUGUCCGAAAACUAAGAUGAGGAAACGACCCCCUCUUCAGGACGUUCCACUCGAAACGCACAUAUUAUCCACCAUCUGGAUGCUAGUUUUGUCCCAUCAGUGUUUUUGUUUUUCUUUUAGGAACCAUCUAAACUGUUGUUUUAAGUGUACUGUAAUGUUCGCUGUCAACAUCAAAAUAUGACGCAUAAUGUUACGUGAUACAAAACUCUCCAAAUCAGUAGUGUUUGAUUCUGAUGCUGUAGAUGAUGAUUAUAUGAGCUUGGUGGAAGUGGGAUUGACGGGGAAGUUUGAAAGCAUUACAUGUCAUCAAUACGUUUAACCUUCUCCGUUCUAAUCCUACCUCACUUGUAAUGGUUAUGCAUUACCUGUAAUUAACUUUAGACUGAAAUACAGAAGAAAAUGUAGUUUAAAACAAAUAUGGAUAAAAAUAUCAGAUAAAUCCCUUUAACAGCUGUCGAACAUCUUAUGAAAGUGCCUGUAUUUUCACAUUUUGUGUAUAAUUGCUUGAAAAGCCUGUGCAUGUAUCAUUCCAGUUUUUAUUUCUUACGCAUCUGUGUUUGCAUUCCUGUGCAAAGUGACUGAAAACAAAAUCCAUCCGAUUUCACUCCUUGCCUGUGAAGCGUAAUGACGUGGUGCUUGGAAACAGGUGUGUUUGCUGAUCUGAGUAAAAUGUGAGAUGUUGCUGUACUCGAUUUCAGAUGCAUUCGCUCUACUGUAUUGUGGAAACUGUAUGUCAAAGCACAGAGAGAGUGAAAACGGGAGACCUGAACUCUGCUUCAGGGUGAAUUCAUAUUUAAAAUGUUUAGUAUGUCGAAGAAAAAGAGUGAUUAUAAGACUUUCAUCUGUCAGAGUCUUCAUCUUUCUUUUUAAAAAAUGACAACUGUCAUUAAGUCAUUAUGGUGGUUUUUGAAAGUCAUAAUAUGGAAGCCCACCUAAAGGGUUUCAGUUUAUUCCAGUGCAAAUGAGUUCUUUUAUAUAAUGUGGAGCUUAACUGAAAUGCAUUACUGUCAGCAAUCUUUAGCGAUUUUUGUAAAACAGCCGUUCUUAUACUUCAGGAGUCAGACUGAUUGACCUCUAUUUUAAGAAAAACACUCACAUCUAUAGUUUUUGUGGAAACAAAAAUAAAUGUUUAUUGGAAUAUUUUCA